AUGCCAUUCAAGGAGCACAAUCGCCAGUAUGACCUGGUCGUCUUUGGAGCUACCGGAUAUACCGGUCGCUUGGCAGCUGAGUACAUCACUGCGAAUUUCCCAGUCAAUUUGAAAUGGGCCAUUGCAGGUCGAUCCGAGUCAAAGCUCCAAGGACUCGUCGAAGAUUGCAAGAAGCUGCACUCGGACAGAAACCCUCCAGUGGAUAGCUAUGACGAAAUCAGUGCGUUGGCGAAGAAGACAUUUGUCCUCAUUACAACUGUCGGCCCGUAUAGUGCUCAUGGAGAGUAUGCUGUAAAGGCAUGCGCUGAGGCUGGUACGCAUUACUUUGAUGUAACUGGUGAGACGCCAUGGGUCUAUAAAAUGAUUAAGCAGUAUGAAAAGACUGCGACAGAGAGCGGCGCUAUUCUAAUUCCCCAGAUGGCAUUGGAGGCUGCGCCAGCAGAUCUCUUAACCUGGUCUUUGGCUCAAACAUUGCGAAAGCAAAUGGGUGCCAGGACAAAAGACGUCGUCAUUUCGAUUCACAACAUGCGAUCGACUCCUUCUGGAGGCACUCUUUCAACCUUUACCACUGUAUUCGAUCACUUCACCUUGAGUGAGCUGGUAGAGUCUGAAAAACCAUUUGCGCUUUCCCCUAUACCUCAUCCAGAGGAGCCAAAAAGGCCCAGCGUUUCCAUCUGGCAAAAGAUUUUUGGCGUCCACUAUGUACCGAACCUUGGAACGGUCACCACGUCUUUUACAAUUGGAUCUGAUCUAGGAGUAAUCGGACGCUCUUGGGGGCUUUUAUCAGAAAUCCCUAGCCGAAAAGACGAGUUCUACGGGCCAAAGUUCCACUGGAAUGAAUGCUACAGGCCUCGCAAUUGGCUGCAUGGAGUCAUUAUCCACUGGGUACUCGUUCUCGGAGUGUUGCUUGUUGCUAUCGGACCUCCCAUCAGAGCUCUAUUCCGAAAGCUUGUUCCGGCACCAGGCACGGGUCCCUCUAGGGAUGAAAUGGAUAAAGAAGAGGCCGAGUGGCGUGGCAUUGCGAAUCCCGAUACAGAGUCGCCUACUGACAAGCAAGCCUUUGUUCGAGCUUGGUAUAAUGGCAGCAUGUACCAGAUGACGGCAAUGUUUUGCUGCGAGGGUGCUCGAACGGUAUUAGAGGACGAUCUCCAGCUAGAUGGAGGGUUCUAUACCCCAUGUUGUCUUGGACAGGGGAUCAUUGACCGAGCUCGCGUGGGCGGGUUCAGGAUGGAGACGAGAAUCCAGCAGAAGUGA